AGCUCUGGGCCGUCCCCCCUCCUCGCUGUCCGUGGGAAGGAGGAGUUUAACCCCACAUUGUCUGGGAGGAGUCCGCAGUCUCUUGGCGCUCCGUCCCGGGAUCGUCCGCUCUGGAAACGGAGGGAAGCGUAGGAAAAAAAAAAAAAAUAAAGAAAAGAGAAAGAAAUCCGCCUUUAUCCGUUAAACGCGGAGGCUCGGAGGAAGGGGAGAUGUGCGCGCUGCGGGGAAGUAACGCGUCUUGAGAGGAGACACUGAGCCGGAUGAGCCAGAUGACGGUGGACUGAGUUUAUUUUGAGACAUGAGGCGGAGAGAACCUCGUUCGUAGAAUUUCCAGUCUGAGAAGAGACGUCCAGGGAGGCCAAGAUGGGGAAUUCAGAGAGCCAGUACAGCAUUCAGGGCCCUAAAGGCACAGGCUUUAUCUUCCCCGGGAAACAGAAGCCAUAUUCAUUGAAUUCCCGCUCAGCCAAAGAUGACGCUCUGUCACCCCACUCCUGGUGGAAAAACGCUCCAGUGGGCUCGGGGUACAAGGCCAGGUGUGUUGGCCGCGGCUGUCUGUCCCCGGCUAAAAGCAGGCAGCCUUACACUACUCGGCACUGUGACUACGUCUCCAAGGGGGUGAGGGGGGGCAGCCCCGGCGAGCAUCGCUGGCAUCGCUCCCCCGGUUGUGGGAUACGAAAGAGACACUUGUUUGAGGACUAUGAGGAUAAUCCAUACGGGGCUGAGCUGAACGGGCACACUCUGAACGGACAUAGUGAGGAUCGAGAGGCGUUAGAGGAACAGAGCAGCCCACGGGUGGUGAUAAAGAAGGACGGUAGUCUGAGGGUGGAGUUCACCAACACCUCCGGGAACCCCCUUCUGCUCGACCAGGCUUCGGGUCCGGUCCAGCUUCUCAAAUUCUCCCCCAAUUUGGAGUCUUCCUCCACCCCGAGUCUGCCCGGGUCCAGUGGCAGUAGGCAGGAUGACCACUGCAGUGGCCCACCACCGGCCUCCACCUCCUCCACCGCCAGGACCAGCAAAGGAAGCUCACUCAGCUCUGACGGCUCCUGGUAUGAUUCUCCAUGGGGGCCCAGCACGGAGCUCUGUGAGCAGGACCAAGCUUGCACUGUAGUGCCGUCACCCAUUCACCAACUUGACACCUUUGCAGAACAGUCGCCUCCAUUGUCCAUCACCGACCUUUACAGGGAUCCCACGAUGGCCGCUACCUUCCCCACCGUCAGGGACCUGUCCUUCCAAAUACAGGAUCCUCCAGCGGGCCAGAGGCCGCACAGGGCCUCCUUUGCAUCCGUCCUGGAUGUCCCAUUGGAAGAAGAGUGCUCAGAUGCCCGUCAGUACUCGUCGUACACUCUUCCAUGCCGUCGACCCAAAGCUCACACCAUUAGUGAGAACCUGUCUCAGUACGCUGAGCAGGAACAGCACCAGGAGCAGUCCGGGCCUGACUUCGGUUUCCAGAAGAAAGGCUCAAUCAAAAACCGCAUGAGACGCUUCAGUGACUGGACGGGCAGCCUCACCCGGAAGAAGAGGAAGACCCAGGAAAACAGGUACAAGGACCUGAGUGACGCCUUUGACAGCGGGGUGGACGGCCUCACCGCCGACACCAGCUCCCCCUCGCAGGUUUCCAGCCUGGUCUGGUUCCCAGGGACCUCCAGGGCCCAGUCCUCAGGGGCCAUCCACCAAGCGAGCGGCGAUGUGCUCCGCCAGAACAUCUACGAGAACUUCAUGAGGGAGCUGGAGACCGGCGCCGGACAGGGAGGAGGAGGAGGAGGAGGAGGGGCGGGGGGCAGCGGCGGCGAGAGACGAGACCCGUCCACGGGCACGGAGGAGGGCGAGAGCAGCAGCGAGUCGGCCGAGGGCUCGCUGGAGGAGCUGGACCUGCUGUUCGAGAAGGAGCAGGGCGUGGUCCGGAGGGCCGGCUGGCUCUCCUUCAAGCCCCUCGUCACCCUGCACAAGGACAGGAAGCUGGAGCUGGUGACCCGCCGCAAGUGGAAGCAGUACUGGGUGACCCUGAAAGGAUGUACGCUGCUGUUCUAUGAAACCUACGGUAAAGGCUCCCCGGAGCAGGAGCUGUCGCCCCGCUACGCCCUGCUGGCCGAGGACAGCAUCGUCCAGUCUGUCCCCGAACACCCCAAGAAGGAGAACGUCUUCUGCCUCAGCAACUCGUACGGGGACGUCUACCUCUUCCAGGCCACCAACCAGACCGACCUGGAGAACUGGGUGACGGCCAUCCACUCCGCCAGCGCGUCGCUGCUGGCCAAGCGCCAGGGGAAGGAGGACACGGUGCGCCUGCUGCGCAGCCAGGUCCGCGGCCUGCUGCAGAAGAUCGACAUGGACGGCAAGAUGAAGAAGAUGGCCGAGCUCCAGCUGACCGUCGUCGGCGACCCCAAAAACCGCAAGGCCAUCGAGAAUCAGAUCCAGCAGUGGGAGCAGAACCUGGAGCGGUUCAACAUGGAUCUGUUCAGGAUGCGCUGCUACCUGGCCAGUUUGCAGGGUGGAGAGCUGCCCAAUCCCAAGAGCCUGCUGGCCAUCGCCGGCCGCCCCACCAAAAGCACCCUGGGACGCCUGGGCAUUUUCUCCGUUUCCUCCUUCCACGCGCUGAUCUGUUCCAGAGACGAGGCCGCGGUCAGGAGGCGCUCGCUGUCCCUGACGCACAAACAGCGGAAGAGAGGCCUCUUCUCCUCGCUGAAGGGCCUCGACAACCUCACCAAGAGGGGUCGAGAGAAGAGACCCUCUGCGUCACAGAUCUUUGAGAGCGACGCUGGAGGUCAAGCGUACGCCGCCCUGCCUCCCCGGAGCACCGAGCGCCUGGACGUGCUGGCCAGUAUCUACUCCAUGUCGCCCCCUGAAGGCGGCGCGUGGGACGGCGUGGACUCGGCCCCCGACGCGCUGAUGUGUGUCCACAUGCCAGACGGCCUGACGGUUCAGGUUCCCGUCAGGAGGGACCAGACGGCCGCCGACCUUCUCCUCACGGCCUGCAAGGUGAAGCAGCUGGACCCCGGGCUGCACUGCCUCCGGCUGCUCAGGAGGGCGGGGCCGGACGUGGAGGUUCGAUCCCUGCUUCCCGGAGAGCUGCUGCACGGCGCGGUCGGCGAUCAGCUGGAGGUGGUCCCGGUUAAUGUGUUCACGCUGCACAUGAGCAGGCCGAGCGGCGUCGGAGACUUCGGCUUUGCUGUAACGGGACACACUGACAACCUGAAGAACAGCAGGAUCGUGGUCAGCGAGGUGCUUCCUGAUGGCAUCGCCUUUAAUGAAGGUCUGCGUCCAGGCGACGAGAUCCUGGUGCUGAACGGCCAGCCCGUCUCGGGUCUGGACCUGGCGCUGAUCCAGACGCUGUUUGCCGAACAAACCCUGCAGCUGAAGCUGAGGCGGAACGGCCCGCCGUCGCCAGAGCGGGCGACGCCGCCGCGCCAGUGCAGCCAGGAGGUCCGCAACAAGCACCACCGAGCCAAGUCCUCCUCAGAUGUGUGCACUGCAGCUGACGGCGGGUCGUCGUGUGUAGGACUGGAGGAUGGUCACUCCCACUGCGCACACAGGCCGGUUCAGCACAGCAAGGUAGGAGGAGCUACAGCGGCACAGACAAAGACGAGCGUGGACACAGUCUGCGCCCUCUACCACUCCUUCCAGGAGGGGCCCGGGUCGGGCGGCGGGGGUUUGAUGGACGACCCCAGGGAGCCGUCGGCGAGGCCGGGCCCCCCCGGGGAGGCCGCCCUGCUGAGACCCUGCCCCAAGCACAUGAGCGCCACCGAGAGGUUACGCAAGGUCAUCCAGGAGCUGGUGGACACGGAGAAGUCCUACGUGAAGGAUCUGGCCUGUUUGUUCGAGAUUUACCUGAAGCCCCUGCAGAAUGAAACCUUCCUCACGCUGGACGAGAUGGAGAGCCUGUUUGGCAGCCUGCCCGAGAUGCUGGACUUCCAGAGGGUCUUCCUCCAGACGCUGGAGGAGAGGAUCGCCUCCUCGCCCGACUUCAGCACCCUGGAGACCCCCUCGCAGUUCAAGAAGCUGCUCUUCUCUCUCGGGGGCUCCUUCCUCUACUACGCCGACCACUUCAAGCUGUACAGCGGCUUCUGCGCCAACCACAUCAAGGUCCAAAAGGUCCUGGAGAGAGCUAAAACCGACCAGGCCUUCAAGGAGUUCCUGGACGCGAGGAACCCCACCAAGCAGCACUCCUCCACCCUGGAGUCCUACCUGAUCAAACCGGUGCAGAGGGUGCUGAAGUACCCCCUGCUGCUGCGAGAGCUGGUCUCCCUCACCGACGCAGACAGCGAGGAGCACUACCACCUCACUGAGGCCCUGAAAGCCAUGGAGAAGGUGGCCAGCCACAUCAACGAGAUGCAGAAGAUCUACGAGGACUACGGCUCCGUGUUUGAUCAGCUGGUGGCAGAGCAGACCGGCUACGACAAAGAGGUCACUGAGAUUUCUAUGGGAGAGUUUCUCAUGCAUUCCUCGGUGGUGUGGCUCAACCCUCAUCCGUCGCUGGGCCGCAUGAGGAAAGACCCUGAGAUGACCGUGUUCGUGUUCAAGAAGGCAGUGAUAUUGGUCUACAGGGAAAACAACAAGCUGAAGAAGAAGAUGGCGAACCCUCGCUCGGCCCUCUCUCACGGAGACGCCGACCCCUUUAAGUUCCGCUGGCUCAUCCCGCUGUCGGCGCUGCAGGUCAGGCUGGGGAACGCCGCAGGAGCCGGCGCGGACGGCUGCUGCAUCUGGGAGUUGGUUCACUCCCGCUCCGAGGUGGAGGGCAGGCCGGAGACCGUCUUCCAGCUGUGCAGCAGCGUGCCGGAGAGCAAGGUCAGCGUCAUCAAGGUGAUCCGCUCCAUCCUCCGGGAGAACGUGAGGAGGAACAUGAGGAGCGACGGCACGCUGGAGCGCGGCGGCAGGGAGCGCCUGGCGCCGCUGCGCAGCGUCCUGCCCUCCUCCGCCCGGCUAGGUUCGUCCCGGGCCUCGUGGCUGUGUAAGCAGCCUCCCAGGCCGGGGCCGGACUCCGACGACGGCAGCCUGAGCAGCGGCCCCCACAGCCUGCCGGGGGCCGCCCGGGACCGGCGGCCCGCCGCUCGGCGCUCGGCGAAGGAGUCCGACAUCCUGAGCGACGAGGACGACGACGGCUUCAGCGAGGAGGCGAGGCGGGACAGCGGGGACGGCGUCUCCCCGACCAGCGCCAUCGAGGUCCAGUUCCUCCACCUCAAGCUGUCGGAGGACGCCGUGCCCAAGGGCGCCCCGGCGCCCCGCGUGGAGCCCGAGGGGGCCGGGGACACGCCGGAGCUCCAGCACAAGCUGGUGCGAGGACACUUCAGCCCCUGCAAGAGGAAGAGCGGCAGCGAGAGGAGGAGCCGCGGCGCGCUGGCCAACAUGAGGGAGGCCAGCCGCUCGCUGGACGCUCAGACGGAUGCGGCGGCAGCGUCCGGAGGGGUGGACCUCAACGCGCUGCUGGAGAGGGAGUUCAGCGUCCAGAGUCUGACCUCCGUGGUCAACGAAGACUGCUUCUACGAUCAGGCGGAGAGCUGUGCCGCUGACUCCGGAAACGCCGCUUCCUCGUAGGGGAAACCCGCGGUGCUAAACCCAGUUUACCUGCCUCCGAACGGCGAGGCCCGAAGGAUCCAGUGUGAGCGAUCCGACUGGCUGGCAGACGCAGUUCCUCUCAUUUCUCUCCCGAUGAUGAUGACUGCGAUGAAUCUGCCGACGCGUCUCUGCGGUCCGGGCGGCUCCCCUGCCUCCGUCCCAGACGCCUCCGCCGCUCCGCUGAUUGGCAGUUCUUAUUUGGUUUUUGACCUUUUCCCUGGCGAAACGGGGAGAGCGUCCUCCGUCUGUCAGUCUCAAACGAUGAAAGUGGGGGGCGGCGUCCACGGAGCGUGAAUAAUAAUCGCAGCGUGUGUGGAGGAGCUCAGGCGGUGGAUUUGGAAGAGUCUGAUUCAGAAAAACAACCGGACACUGUAGAUCUCUGCUAGCACAACCUGAAUUUUAGACAAAUUAAAGUGGGCACUGAGAAAAAUCGGAUCGGUCAGGAUCCACCCAAAGAGCUGCAAAGAUGGAAGCCUGGUCUGAGCAGACAGGAAGGAGAUUUACCUCCGCAAUGAAGCCUUUUUUUUUUUUUUUUUUUUGCUGUAUUUUGUGCACUAAAGUACACUGUUGCCUAUAUAUUUGAAAUAUUUUCUAUCUGUACAGGUUUUUUUUAAUGUUAUUAUUACUGCUGUUUCUAUUUAUUAUCAGGUUUGAUUCUGUAUAGAUCAGCUGAGAAUACUUUUGGGUGAAGUCUUGAACUCUUGGCUCCAGAUUUGGUCCAUUUUCUUGAAUUUUAAAAAACAAAAACAAAAAAAAGAAAGACGAUGCAGUUUGAUGUUUAUUCACUUCGACUGGAUUUUGCUGAAGAUUGUAAUUUCCAGCUUUUGGGAACGCUUUUUUUGACUGAUUUAAACGGCAAUAAUGUUUCCAACCCAAUGUUUCUUUUCAUGUUCAAGUACCUUGUGUAUAUAAAUAUUCCCUUUUCUAUCUCUGAAGCAUCUGCAGACAUACUUGACACUGUACAGACGAGAACCAAGGCAGGAAUUUGCAAUAAAUGCAGCUGAUAUUUUUCUAAGAGUUGUUUUGCCGUUUGCAUAAAGUCACACGGUGAGGUGCUGUAAUGGAAUAAAGGCAAACCUCUGCAUCCCCUCCUCCUUCAGCCCGACUCCGCCAGGCCUUUAACGCUAGCAUACCAAAUGAAUGUGAACGCUCCACUCUCAUGGAACUGUUUGAUAAAUAAAAGUUUUAUCUGUGAAUGACAUCGGGGGGGGGGAUUGUGCUUUCAACUCGGCCCUUCAAAGUCUGCCACUUCCAGUUUUUUUUUUUUGCAUAUCCUUGAUUUGUCUAUUGACAGGUAAAAAGCAGAGCCGGGAGGUAAAGUGUCUUAUCUCGCGGCUCGGUCUCCGGGCGCCGGCUGACGGACGCUCCCUGAUUAGCUGUCAUAAAGAAACACACGGUUCUAUAUCCGGGCUCUCCAAGCAAAAGGUUUGUCCUCGACGGAAUGAAUAAUUUUCUGACAGAAGUGGGGCAACGGAUGCACGAAGAAAAGACGCCUCGCUUUCUUCUCGCCGUCGCGCGGUGUUUACAUUUCCACGUACUGGGAACGCGCAGACGUUUUUGACCAAACUGACUUUCAUUUUACAUUUAUUGACUUUGCAAUGUUGUUGAUAUUCAAGAGAGGCAGCUCGGCUUUAAAUCUUAUUAUUCUUCACAGUGGGAAUAAUUCUGGCUUAUUAUCUAAAAUUGAUGCAAAACAAAACAAUUAGGUGAAGAAAAACUCAGUGUGUUAACCUUUUAUUGGAGACAUGUUGGAAUAAGAAUGUGUGUAUAUGCACAAUUAAAAUACAAAGUUGGCCAAUGAAAAACUCAUCAGAUAAACCGUAAAUUGGACAGUUUACUCUAUAGUGUUGUUAUCUUUCAUCAAUUAUCGCAACUUAAAGUUCAAGCAGAAAUUUACUGAGUGUUCUUGCUCUACAAUCAUGAUAUAAAAAUCCCUCUAAAUAUGAUAAAUGCCAUGAUUAACAGAUUGUUUCUGAAUAAAAUGAUCGACCUUGGCAUCUAAGAGAAAAGUGUUUGAAGAAAAUUAAGCAAAAAGUUGCCUUUUUUUUUGAAGUCGACUAUUAGAAUACCUUGAUCAGAAUAUCAGCUGCAGUCACCUGCAGCCUAUCUCACGCUGAUUGAUAUUCAGCUCUACCAUGGACUGACAUCCAGGACCAGACCACUCAGCUCUGCUCACAGCAGGGAGGCUCUGAUGAACGGAGCGUCGAUGUACACGCUCAAUCUGUUUAAUUGAAUGCAGUUAAGUCUCCGAUUGGAGUUUUAGUAAAAGCUCAGAUGGAGGAAGGUUAAGAGCCGAUUAAGGUGGCAUGAAGGUUGAGAAAGACCCAAUCCUGAGCUUCAAGCUUGGCUGAUAUACAUACAUGACUCGGUAACAUUUCACCAAACACGAAAAACACACAGAGUGAUCAUUGUAAGGUCAAACUUGCACUAAUAACACAAAUGUUUCCACCCGUGGCGUUGUCGUGCAAAGAACAUCAACCCAUCAAAAAAAUGAGAACAACCAAAGGCUAGUAAGAGUGCAUUGUGGGGGAAAAAAGCAUCAGGAAGUCCUUUUGUUUUCAUUAAUGAAACUUAUUCAACAGCGGAAGGGGCGUUAUGUAAGAGCAUUGUGCACUCUGCGACAAAUCACCAGGAGUUAAUAUGUCCGGAUGGUUCCAGAUACACACCAGAGGUAAUGACAGUUUUUGUGUUUUGGCUGUGAGAUUUAUAAAGUUACCAAGCAGCGACACACUGCCGCGGCAGAUUAAUGGACGGAAAAGCACACUAAAACAUGAGUCAUAUCAACUGAAGCUCAGGGUCAUUAUUCUCUGUGGCUUUUCUGCAAAACAGGAUGGAAAGCGGUGUUUUAGGAGUGAAGAUGACCUCUAAACUAGCGAAGCGAUUCCUCUUUGUAGAUCUUUACAAACAACACAACAGAACCAAGUUCUCACUGUGUAAAAAAAAAAAAAAAAAAAGAAUGGUAACACGAUGACACUGAAAUUUAGUGAAGUGUAAAUCAACACCGACACAGGUUCUGCUUCUUUCCUCACUGAUUUAUUCCUAUAUAUUUUUCACACUAAAUACAACUAAAAUCUCCAUUUUCAUGGUGUUCCACGCUUCUAUUACUUUCUACCACCCCACUAAAUACACACUUUACAGGUAAUUUAAUAAAAUAGUUUGACAUAUUUCUCACAUUACUGUGAAAAACAUGUUCGCUUUGUAAUUUCCUUAAGAAAAACUUAAACCGUGUUUUUUUAACUUCCUGUUUUUAAAAUUAUGAGUCAUGCGGGUUAUGUUAACAAUAUAUUGAUCAUUUUAAUCUGAAAUGUAUUCUUUCAAAUGAAAAUUUUUCCCUGUGUGUACAUUUAUUCAGAGAAUAACUGCCUUUUUAUACUUUUAAUGUACUUUUUCACUUGAAUAAUUUAAUUCCUGCAAAUUCUUUGAUACAUUUCUGAAAAAAAAAAACAAAAAAAAACCUUUUUUGGGUCUAUUCAAGCUGAUCAAGUUGUCGUCUCUCAAUUGGAAGGUUGUGGAUUUGAUUUUCCACCUCCCCCUGUCCGCAUGUCAGAACGCCUUUAAGCAAAUCACCGAACCCCAAAAGCCCUUAUGAGAAAGAGGGAAAACAAGCAAGUGGGAAUGAGAAUAAAAAAAAAAAUAAAAAAAAAAAAAAACAUUUUAGAGGGGCAGAUUCAACAAUCUGUGACAAGACACUGCAAACAAUUCAACUUUAUUCAUAUUUAUUGAUCUCUGUGAUCUCAUUUUCCUUCCAUUAAUUACAUCGGACGUGUUGAGAUAAACCAAAAUAAAAGCACAUGGCGCUGCUGGAGGCUGGAUAAUAGAGCAGGCUCACUGGUGCAGAUCUGCUGUGCGGACUCUUGAUUGUGGUUGGAGAUUAUCGCCCACCUUUCAUCAGAACUGAGAGAAUUCCGCCUCUGGCAAGUGGACCGAAGCGCACCAUCUGCCGCACUGGCAGGGAGCGCCGCGGCCACAAUCUGAUGGCUGCAAUCUGCUCGCGGCUUCAGAGAGCGGCGCUCAGAACCGCUCGAACCGCCGUCUUAUUAAAUACCACGGCUUUCAAGCUUUCAAGCACGAGUCAGUCAAACCGUCUCCUGACAUGUGUAGGAAUCAGCGGAGGACUGACGGCUGUGUCGUCUUGCCAGCUCGACAGCCACAAGUUAAUCUGGUUAGAAGAACAUGAUCGGUGGAACGCAAACAGACAGAUCGCACGUAAUCCCGCGCAAACAACGAGAAUCGCAAAAAAUACUGCCACAGACAGGUUUUUCAGCCGAGGAGAAUCAUUUUAUUUUAAUAGCAGUCCUUCUCUUUGGGUGUUUUCAAUCAGUCGACAAAAGCGCGUCGCUGUCUUUGUCCCUUUAAGCGCCGUGUCCCCGGUGACCACGACACACACUGAGGAGAAAAACGGCCUUGAUAUCAGGCUGCCAGGUUGUUCUCCUCCUCUAAAUCGCCUUGGAAAA